UUUUUUUUUUUUUUUUUUUUUUUUCCUCUUUCCCUUUCCCUUUACCUUUCGUAUGAGCACAGCCGAGCAUGCGCGGAGUGUUCUCCGCAGCGUCGCUGCCCAGGCGCUCCUCACGCGUGCCAACCUCGCCACCGCACGCCCUGCUGCAUGCGAGACGCUCACGGAUGUCUGCGCCGCGCUGAUCGAGUCGCUCGGCCGCGCUGCUGCAAGCUACGCCACUCAUGCGGGCCGAAGCGAAGGCAACUUUUGGGAUUUGCGGAUUGCGCUGAACGAGGUUGGCUUGGGCGCCGCAAGCAUCUACCAGCACAUCAACGACAGCCACGAGCCACUGCGUAUUCCCCAUCGUGUGCGCAGGCUAAGGCAGCGCGUGAGCAAGCCGCAGGUGGCCGCGCAGCCAAUGUCAUUGGCGGUUGGCCUCGACAACAAGCAACAAGCGCCCGCUCCAAUCUUUGCGGCAAAGGAGGAUGCCAAGUUUGAACAUCAUCAUCAUGCUGCUGCUGCUGCUGCUGCUGCUGCAGCAACACAAGGAGACCAACUGCCGUCGGGCUUGCUCGGGACUGGUAGUUCGAGUUUGGCGGAUGCUGUCGUUGCCUCUGAUUCUGCCGCCACCGCCAUGCAUGCGAGCCAAGACGCUCGAAUCGAUCGACGUGUGCCAAGCGGAGAUGCAGCUGCAGCUGUGGCAGCGGUCUCCAAAUCGCACGAGUCAGGCGACGCUUGGCAGCUGCUUGAUGAUGACCGAGGCGAUCGCGAAACGAGCGACCCAGAAGACAGAGUCUCUCCACCGACGACGGCGGCGUCCGCGCGAUGGAGCUUCAUCCCGUCAUUCCUGCCUCCCUUUCCUGCUGGGUUUGCGACGAUGGGUGUGUCUGAGCGAGAGCAGCAUCGCAGAGAUCAAGAGAAAGCGGCCGCCGACCAGCAGGCACGCGAGCAAGAAGAAGCCGCGCAAGCGAUUCGUGACGAUGACGAGAAGACGCGACGCGCGGUGGAAGCAUCGCUUGCUGUAGGAGCGGCCGUAUCUGCCGCUGGGACUACGCUGGCCACUGCUGCUGACAGCAGCUCGGAAGCCAACGGCGGCGCUCCCGCCUUGAGCACGGCGGCAGUGCCAUCACUCCCAGACGCUGCCACUGCAGCAGCGACCUCAUUUGUUCGUGUUCGACGACAUCCUGCAGCCGUGGCUUCUGAUCGCACCAACUCUGCUGCACAGGUUGUUCCAGAAUCGACGGCCAGCGUGGUCGUCCCCCCGCGCAAACCCCAGUUUGUGAUUGAAAAGAAUGUGGUGGUUUUGGAUGUGCUCAACACAAUGGACGAUCACUCGCUGCGUGUUGUUUCUCGCUCUGGGCGAUUCAACACUGGUGCGCUGCUCGACAGCGGGAUUGGAGUCUCUGGAAUGGCGGAGGCCACGUUCGGUGCCACCUUCUCGGAGCCAGUGGCCAUUGUUCCGGGUCACUACUUGCGCUCGUUGCCCGUCGGCGGCGGCGGCCAUGGCGCGUUCACUGCCAGCUCCGUCGCCGUCACAGCCGCCACCCCGAUGAUGAGUGCCUCGGCACCAACAGCGCGUCGUGCGGCGGGUGCAGCAGCAACAACAGCCGUUUCUUCGCAUCUGGCGACGACAUCCAGCUCGGCUCCUGGGCCCUCCGAACCCGCCUUUUCCCUGGAAGACAUUCUCGGCGGCGAUUUCGCUGCUGGCGUGCCCGCGAUUUCGCAUGGCGAUGCCAUCAUGAGAGGAUUUGCCAUGGACACGGACAUGGACUUUGUCAAGUUCCAAGCAAACGCCGGCCCUGGGCUGCUGAUUGAGAACAGCAACAGCAACGGCAUGUACGACGGCAGCGCAUCCUCCUGGACGCAGCCCGCGACGACAGCACCUGGCGACAUAACCAAGCUUUUCGUCGCGCCCCCUUCCCAGACCGACCACGAACGCAAGAAGAAGGAAAAGAAGGACAAGAAGGACAAGAAAGAAAAAAAGGAAAAGAAGGAAAAGAAAGAAAAGAAGGAAAAGAAGGAAAAGAAGGAAAAGAAAGAAAAGAAGGAAAAGAAGGAAAAAAAGGAAAAGAGAGACAAGGAACGGCACAGUCGCGAACACGACGCGGUCAAUGUCGACGAUGCUCCUCAAGUUGCUGUGCCCCACAAGCUAACUCUCAUCAGCCGUGCGGUCGAGCCAACUCAACGCGGUUCCGAGCCCGCGCAGCAGCCCAACACUCCGAUUUUGAAACUCAAACGACUCAAAGAGCCCGAGCCGACUGCAAAUCCUUCGCUGCCCCUUGUCAAUUCGUCGCUUGCCACUGCACCGCUGCUUUCCGUCCAGCAAGCCACAGCCCCGCCGCAACUUCUUGGAAAAACGACUGGGUUGCCGUCUCUCAAGAUCAGCCUGAAGUCUCAACCGCCACAACCGCCACAGCAAUCACAAUCCGAACCGCAGCUUCAAUUGCUACAGCUGCAACAACAGCAGCAACUACAACAACAACAGCAACAGCAGCAGCAGCAACACCAACUGCAGCUUCUGAAAGAACAGCAACUCAAAGAACAGCAACUCAUAGAACAGCAAUUAAAGGCUCAGCAACUGAAGGCUCAGCAACUGAAAGAACAGCAACUGAAAGAACAGCAACUGAAAGAACAGCAACAGCAGAGGCUGCUUCAACAGCAGAAGCUUCUGCAAGAGCAAGAGCUCCAACGACAACGCCAAGAGCAAGCGGCUCGUGAACAAAUUCUCCAGCAACAGGCGGAAGCGCUGCUGAAAAUGCGUCCAUCGGCUCCACAAGCCCCACCAGCACUGACGCAAGGAUUGAAUUUACCGGGACAGCCCUUCCAACAGAGUGCACUUGAUAUCCAGCACCAAAUCCUGAAAGGGCACCAAUUGCAGCAGCAAGCACCUCCGCCUGGCUCAAUUGUAGUCUCAACAGACGUAAACUCUGUUUCGGUUACACCAGAAAGCUAUCAUGCUGCACUGAAUAAAGCCAGAGACGCUGCCAAUGCAGCGUUGUUCUCUCGCGAUAUCAUCUGGGUGCCGGCAGGCCCAGGCCAAGACAACCCCACAGCCGUUUUCACCAUAGAUAACUCAGUUUGCGUCUGUGGCCGAGGCGACGGUGACAUGAUUGCUUGUGAGUCGUGCGGGUACUGGUACCAUGUUCCCUGUAUUCGUGCAUACGAUUUCGAGCGAGACGACUGGACCUGUCUCCGUCCGCAAUGCCAACAAGCCAAGUCCAAGCCCAAGCCCAAAGCCAAGUCCAAAAAGAAGUACUAGUGUUUUUCCCCCUUCUCCGCCGCCCUCCGUGCCUGUCUGUCUGCGUGUCACGGGGUUGUGCGUUCUGUAUCAUCUCUCUUUGUAUCGCCGAAAUACAUGUUAAGCGCAACACGA